UUGCAGGUGAAAGUGAAACUAAAAUAUCACACUUCGUUUGUGUAGCAGCGUUGUCAGACGGCAAAAAGAAGACACAAGCAUGAUGAACAUCUCUACAAUCUGCACGCUGUGCCUGGUAGCAGCGGUCUGCUGCGGUGAAGCCUGCAGCAGCUGUCCCGUGUUGGAGUGCUGGUUUGUGCAGGAGAAGACGGGUCGAGGAGGAGGUCUCGCUGCAGCUACGACCCUGGAGAAAUCCCUUCUGCACAUCCAAACCGACCCCCACCCUGCAGAGAGCCAGCAGGCUCCAUCCGACAUCCACCCCGACAGAGUUUACCUCAUCACCGACCCAGCCGGCACUCUCUGCCACCGCUCUCUCAACCCUCCCAGAGGCUCGGUGGAGAAGCCUCAGUGUGAGAUCAACCCCUUCCUGCCGCAGCCCUCCACCCUCAAGUGGGCAUCUCCACUCACAGACUCCGCCUCCAGCCCCAUCUACCUGCAGGCCGAUUGGUUCUCCACUGCCCUCCAGGGCCUCAACGGACAGCUGGCCGUCUCCACCAUCACUCGUGCUCCCACGGCAACCAAAGAGCACCGAGUGGUCCUGAGUGUGACCACUACAACCGUCUCCGUGCAGUCCAGACUCGGGGGGCCAGUGCUGCUGGAUUGCGGCCUCUGGGCCGACCCCUCGUCGCCUCUCUCCGGGUCGGGUUUCGCCGUAGAGUGGCGCUACCAGUUCAGAGGGGACGGCCGCUUGGUUCUGGCCUACGACGGCAAAACGGACCGCCUGGCCGACGUCCAAGAGGAGGGGGCCACGCUGGACUAUGAGGGCCUGCACCAGAGAGGGAAUGCGUCGCUGAUCCUGCGGGAGGCUAAAGUGCGUCACUCGGGGCUGUAUAUCUGCACGGUGUAUCUGCCCUACCUCGUGGCUCAGGUGACGAUGGAGCUCCAGGUUGUCGAACCUCCGUCCCUCUCCAUCCACCCGUCCCCUCUGCCCCUCGCAGUCCCCGGCCAGUCUUUCACGGUCCAGUGUGAGGCGUCCGGCUUCGCCCCCCUCGCCCUGGAGCUGAGCUGGGAGUUCAAAGGCACCGAUGGGAAGUCCAGGCCUCUGGGGUCGGGCAGCCUAACGGGACACCGGCAGGCCUGGGACGGAACCUACAGCCAGAGCACCCGGCUGGAGCUCGACUCCGCCGAGCUGGACCUGGGCCGAGGGGGGGAGGUCACCUGUGUGGCCGUCCAUCUCGGGGGCACACGGCGGGCCAGCGUGACCCUCAACGUCAUUGGGUUCAGCUCCCCGUCCAUCGAGGACUCCAUGGCAAUGGUCGGUGUAGCGCUGGUGCUCUACGGUCUCAUCAAGUUUGUCUCUUGGACCGUCACCAGCUCAGGCUCAGAUGAGGCUGGUCAACGAGAAAAGAAGGACAAGUAAAGAAGACUGAAGUCCACUGCUGGGACGUGUGAAACAGAACCAACCGAGCCGCCUGUUUUUGGUUCUACUAAGGCAUCAGUGAGGAAGGCUUCGGCUCAGUCUGAGAAUGUUUUUUGUUUCUUAUUAUUGUUGUUUCUUGUUAUGUCUUUCACUUUAAAGCGAUACAGCUCUUUUAUCAUAUCGGCCUCCCACUGUUACUGCCUAAUGAAAUAUGUUAAUGCUUCUAUAUGAUUCUCCUUUAUAUUUAAGAGAGAAAACUAACAUGAAAUAUUUUGUAAAUAAUAUGAGACCAAAAAAUUCAUAUUAGACCAAACUGUCAAAACCCACAAAGAGAAUCCUCUUUUUGUAAAUAUUGAAAAGGGAAUAUAUGUAUAUUGUGGCAUUGUUGUUUGUGGUUUGUGUAUUGAUCUCAUUAUGUAUCUGAAAGAAUGAUGCUUCUGGGGUAUUAUACUAUCAAACUUAUAAAGUUUUGAGCAAAUGAUAUAAACAGAGCAAAUAUUUCUACCACACAGAAA